UUUGUUUCAGGAUUCAAAUUCAAUCGCCGCCAUUGUUUCAGUUUCUCACAGUAAAGUAAACAUUUCAGUGAAAAAUGGAUUCGGCAAUCAAAAUAGUUGUUAAAUGGAGUGGAAAAGAAUAUGAAAUAGAUUCCCUGUCAUCAACUGACACUGUAGCAACAUUGAAAGAAACAAUACGAAAGCGUACGGGUGUCCUUCCAGAAAGGCAAAAGCUACUGAACUUAAAACAUAAAGGGAAAAUUCCAGAAAAUGAUGUUCAUUUGUCAGCACUCAACAUUAAACCGGGAUUUAAGAUCAUGAUGAUGGGGUCUCUCGAGGAGGAAAUUGAGGCUGUUAGUCUUCCACCUGAAGAUUUGCCAGAUGUAGUCAAUGAUUUUGAUAUUCCAGAAGAGGAAGAAGUUGACGUGUGCAACCGAGAGGUUUAUUUGUCAAAAAUAACUAAAAGAAUUUCUGACUACAAAAUUGUUGAGAGAAAUCCUCCAAGAGAAGGAAAAAAGCUAUUGGUUCUUGACAUUGAUUACACAUUGUUUGAUCAUCGCUCUCCUGCUGAAACUGGCUUUGAGUUAAUGCGCCCAUUUUUGCAUGAGUUCUUAACAGAAGCAUACAAGGAAUAUGAUAUUGUAAUUUGGUCUGCAACCAGUAUGAAGUGGAUUGAAGAGAAAAUGAAGUUGCUUGGAGUUGCUAGCAACACUGCCUAUAAAAUUACCUUUUAUAUGGAUUAUUUAGCCAUGAUCACUGUUCAUACAUCAAAGUAUGGUACAGUAAACGUAAAACCUCUAGGCGUAAUAUGGGGCAAGUAUCCUGAAUUCUAUUCGCCUAAAAAUACUAUUAUGUUUGAUGACAUCCGCCGCAAUUUCCUCAUGAAUCCAUCUAAUGGUCUACGCAUCAGGCCAUUUCGCCAAGCUCAUAUGAAUCGACAAACUGACAGAGAGCUCCUGAAGUUGUCCAAGUACCUCAAGAUGAUAGCAGAACUUGAGGAUUUUUCAACCCUUGAGCAUCGGAAUUGGGAACGUUAUUUGAGUGAUAACAACCAGGAUGGUGACUCUUAGGAAUGGAGGAUUGCAUUUAUGAAGAAAAGUGUCUAUAAGGUAUCCAAGCUGUGAAUGACUGAUUUUUAUGUACUAUGAGGUGUAUUAAAUUAUUUUGAUAUGCUAAACA